CACAAGAAAUUAGUCUUUGUUUUCCAUUUUUUGCAUCCAUCAAAUAAGUUUGUGGAGUAUCUAUUUAUUUUAACUUUCUAUUUUUCAUAAGAUGGGUUUCAUUUCUAUUAAUAAUACUUCGAGCUAUUGUUUUUAUCUCUCUUACUCUACCAAUUUUGUAUUAAAACAGAACACUAUUAUUUUUGGUGGAUGGAGAUAUGUUAUAGUGUGACAUACAAAUAAAAAAUCAAAAUUUGAACUAUGAAAUUUGAUAUGAAAAAUCUGAAAUUGCAUUGAAAAUGUAGUAAAAAUCUAAAAAUAUUUCACAACGUAUUUCCCUUUCCCCCCAAUUUUUAUUUAUAUAAACUUCACAAGAUGGGAGAGGUUGCGAUGUUAAUUAUGCAGCAUGUUAGGCUAGAAUCUGAUUAUGCUUGUUAGUAAUUAUCAUGUGUUGCAAUAAUCAACCAAAUUAUGCAGAUUAUACAUUUUCUUUGUUUGAUUAUACUUGACACAAGAUGAAUUAGUUCAUCUCAAAGCUUUAGUACUAAUAAUUUUACCAUAGCAACUCAGAAUCAACCUAAAUAUAUAACCUUCUGAUUCUCUGAUAAAUACACAUCAAUUAGAUGGCCAUCCUUUUACUUGAUAAUCUAUUUCGAAUACUUAUGCAAUCUUGGUUGGUUAAUUUUGUAAUUUUUUGAUAUUUCAUCUCCAUCAAGUUUGAAGCAUUAGACCAUAGAUUGGUGUCAACAUGAAGAUAAAAUUACCAUAACAAAAUAUAUAUUUUUCCACAUUCUAUUUUCUAACAUUGGAAUGAGUGUUAGGAUCGUCGACUACACAUUAGUUUGUCAAACAAUAAUUUUUGGAGGAAUCAAGUCGAAUCAAAUCAAGAUCCUUCUAAGCAUAGAAAAUAAAAUAUUUCCCUGUUUAUGUGAUGAAUGUAAUAGAAUGGUCACGGUCUAUAAAUUUAUAGUAUUCAUUUGUCUAUAAAUGAAAGAAUGGGAUGGAAGUAAGUAACUGAGAGGAAGAGUUAACUCCUAAUAAUAUAUAUUAUUUCGUCAUUUAAAUUCAAUCGCGGGGAUAGCUCAGUUGGGAGAGCGUCAGACUGAAGAUCUGAAGGUCACGUGUUCGAUCCAACUUUCUACUAAUUUAAUUAUGAUUUAUAUUUUAAAAACAUUAUUUUGGUAUUUAUUGUCUUUAAAUUCCUUUAUCUGAACUUGCUACUAAUUUCAUUCUGAUUUAUUUUUUAAAAACCUUUUUGUAUUUAUUGUCUUUAAUUUCCUUUAUUUGAACUUGCUACUAAAUUUGUUUUAUUUUUUGUACUUAUUUCCUUUAUUAGAUUUCCUAUUACUAAAUGUAAAAGUGUGUGCUUAAAAACUCCAAAAUUCUAUUCGCACUAUAAUAUGACCAACACUUUUUUGCUUUAAUUAAAUGAAUGUUUCAAAACUGAGAAAUAUUUUUUUAAGGUUCAUUAAAAUUCAAAGUAGAUAGCACAAAAAAGCAACCUUUAUAAUAAGUUUCAAGACUAAUUGAAUUAUUAAAAUGGAUUUAUAAUAUUCAUGACAACACAGCCUUAUUCAAGACUCCACAUUUUUAAAUGGUUAAAAUGACUAUUAUUUCACACCUGGUUUCCCUUCCUAGUUUUAUUGAUUCCAUAAAAGUCAAAUAAUGCAGAGAGAGAAAGCAGUUGUAUUCCAGUGUCUUUAUGUUUGGGUGCUUAGCUCAUGUGUACCAACCUAUCAUUAUUACAUUUUCUCCUCUUUCUCAACGUUAUUAUUUUCAAAAUUCGAUGGAGUGACAAUGAAUAUAUAUGUCACAUUCUCUCUCUAUAGUCUUGCUGAAAUUGGUUUCAUUGUUUUUCAUUACAUCAAAUGGGAUGCUUUGUUUCAUGCUGUGUACUCAAACACAACAAGAAGAAGAAGAAGAAGACCAGAAAACCUUCUUGGCUCGAACAAGACAGCAGAAGCUAUGUGCCUCUUGAUUCUGAUCUCAAACAAAACCUCACUUCUGAUACAUCUCAGCUCAAGUAAGUCCAAAUCUAAAUUAAAAUUUUAUGAUCUGUCAAUUUAUGGUUCACAUUUCUGUAGGGAGGAGAAGCCAUUAGUACUCAAGCUCAAAAAGAAAGUGAGGUUCAAUCUGAAUGUCAAGGCUUACGAACCGAUCCCUGAUGACGACGAAGUCGAUGGCGAAGAAGAAACGGGCUUGCACUACGAAGAGGAUGUGAUCGCGUCGUCCUACCCUGCAAGUUACAGAUAUCAAAACUGCAGGUACAGCGACAGUGAAGAAGACGGGGACAUAGAUCUCGAUGAAGACGAUGAUGACUUUAGUAGCAUUCAGAGUGAUAAUAUUGGAUCAGAUAAUGAUGUUAAGAAUCAGGAUCAAACAAGUGUAGAGCAGCAGGCGACUGAAUCAAUAUCGGAUGCUGGACGAUAUGUUUCUUCUGUGCUUUGUCCGGUUGAGAAUUUAUCUCAAUGGAGAGCAGUGAAAGCCAAGGCCGCAAUAGUGCAGCCGAAGCUGCAGAAGGAGAAUUUAAUUCCUUCAUCCGCGGCUCCUCACUCUGACUCGAAAAGGAGAAGUGAUGUUGCAGUUGAUGCGAGUCUAUCAAACUGGUUGAGCUCGUUGGAAAUGAGUCCUCUCGUCAAGAGCAGCAGUUCAGGUCAGAGAUUAGGCCUGUAA